UAAUUUUUACCUCUGACUAGCUUUCCGUACUUUCUGUCUUCCGUUUCAACGGAUUUGACGGCAAAUUAUCAACCGAUACUUUUACCGCCGACAACCGACCUCCGACCAUCGCCGUCGAUUUCCACAUAGCACUGUUUCUUAUUCAUCGUCCAGAGGACUUAUUGGUUGCCGAAUUUGGGUUCUGAUGGAAGAUAUUGUUAUACACAGGUGAUUCUGUCUGCUGUCGGUUUCAAUGGACUCCUCAAAACCAAACCCUCAGUCCAUGCGAGUCCUAAUUCGACCUCCAAUUCCACCUUCUCACUCUCAAACUCCCCCCGUACCCCCUAGCCAUGCCCAAGUUCCGGCCCCUUCUCCCCACCUUCCUCCAUCAACCUCAUCGGAAGCACCACCCACCUCCCUCUCUCCAUUAAACCCUCAAAGCGGCGUCGUUGUGGUUGGUUUCAUCGGAAAACGCCACGAUGACGUCGCUUACCUAAUGAACCGGAUUAUCGAUUCUAAUGUGUUUGGCUCCGGGGGUUUAGAUAAGCCAAUGUUUGUUGAUAAACCGGAUGAAAAGACGGAUUUUGCUGUAACCGCCGACAUGAAGAGUUGGUUUGAGUGUAGGAAUAUAAGCUACUAUCACGACGAGGAAAAGGGGAUUUUGUUUUUGCAAUUUACUUCAACUCGAUGCCCUCUGAUGGAAGACAAUUUGGAGUCUAAGAUGGGAUUUGAUUCACUGUUGGAAGACUACGAAUAUGGGGAUCUCCAAGCUAUGCUCUUUAUGUUCUCUGUUUGUCAUGUUGUAGUAUUUAUCCAAGAAGGGCCACGCUUUGACACCCAGAUACUGAAGAAACUUCGCAUCUUGCAAGCAGCUAAACAAGCAAUGACUCCAUUUGUUAAGUCACAAUCUCUGUCAUCCUCUUUGUCUGGCUCACCUUUUGCAUCUCCAUCACGUAGAGCUGCAUCAGGAAGAUCAUCUAACAAUCCUUCGCCUGUGAAAAGCCGUGGCAUUUUCAACCGAAAUAAUUCAGCAAUUACUCUGAUGUCAGGUUUAGGUUCAUCCUCUUUAUUACCCGGGCAGUGUACUCCAGUUACACUUUUUGUUUUUCUUGACGAUUUUGCUGAUGAUUAUCCUAGUUCUAGUGUUGAGGAGCCAGCUGAUAUUUCCUCAGCGAAUCAAUCAUCAAAUGUUGGUGCCUCGGCUCGGCCAAGCUUGGCUCCAAAAGGUUCUGGUUCUGUGGUUGUGCUUCCACGCCCUAUGAGUAAAUCUGAAGGUGGGUUUAGGAAGAAAUUGCAGUCUUCUCUGGAGGCACAGAUUCGAUUCUCCUUUAAGAAAUGCCGGACACUGUCAGGUUCUGAAACUGGUCAUACAGGUUCAAGAAGUGGGGGUGUGUCAAAUUCGGCAAUGCUGUUUUCCCUGGAUGCAUCAAAGGCUGUUGCACUUUUAGAUAUAACCUCUAAUAAGAGAGGUGAAUCCCUUGAAUUUGCCACUGGCCUUGUGGAAGAUGUUCUGAAUGGAAAAGCGACCUCAGAUUCUCUGCUAUUUGAAAGUCAUAGCCAGAGUGCAAAUAGAGAAGACUUACUUUCUAUCAAUGAGUUCAUCUGCAGGCAGACUGAUAUAUUAAGAGGAAGAGGGGGUGUGUUUUCGAAUACUAACAGUGGUCCAGCUUCUGGUGUUGGCAUGGUUGCUGUUGCUGCAGCUGCAGCAGCUGCUUCUGCUGCUUCUGGAAAGACAUUUACUUCUCCUGAACUUCCACAUUUGGAGAAAUGGUUAUCUUCUAGUCAGCUUAUUCUGCAAGCUAUCCUGUCAGCAAAAUAUGCCAUUGCAGACGAGACUGAAAUUAGUAAGAGGAGGCAAAGAAAUUCUGUUUCACCAUCUCUUGAAGGAAAUGCUUCAAAAGUUUCAGAUCCACUUGAAAUUGCAAUGUCUUUUUUGGCGAGUGGUAGAGGGAUAAAUACUAGGUUUUCUACUUUAUGGUGCCAAAAGGCCCUUCCAAUAGCUAAGGAGACAUAUUUAAAUGAGUUGCCUCCGUGCUACCCAACUUCUCAGCAUAAGGCCCAUUUGGAGAGGGCUCUGCAUGCUUUCAAUUCAAUGGUCAAGGGACCUGCUGUGCAGUUAUACUUGAAGAAACUGGAAGAGGAAUGCACAUCCAUCUGGACUUCUGGCAGGCAACUAUGUGAUGCUGUUAGCCUCACAGGAAAACCAUGCAUGCACCAAAGGCAUGAUGUAGAAACUGGUGGUUUAUGUUCAAGUGAUGAGAUUAAGAUACAUUCCAGUGGGUACGUCUUCCUCCAUGCAUGUGCAUGUGGUCGUUCAAGACUCCUGCGGCCAGAUCCUUUUGAUUUUGAAACAGCAAAUGUUACUUUUAACCGUUCCAUGGAUUGUGACAAGCUUCUUCCAACAAUUCAGUUACCCCAAGGAAGUGAUACAAGUGGGCCCAUUCAUUCCCCAGCUUGGAGUUUAAUCCGAGUUGGGAAUGCAAGAUACUACCAACCGUCUAAAGGUUUGAUGCAGAGUGGCUUCGGUUCUACCCAAAAGUUUCUUCUAAGGUGGACUAUCCUCCUUGAGAAGCCUAAAUAUGAGAAUGAUUUACUAUCAAGCAAUUCAGAGCAAGCAAAUAUAAAUAGGUUUAGUAGCAAUGCCAGGGAUGAGCCUAACACAAAUUCAGGCAUAGAGAAGGCUGGUGAUUUGAGUGUGCAAAAUGGAUAUCAAAUGCAAAAGAAGUCUUCUGCAGGAAAUAUCAAACCAGAUGAUAAAGUAAAUAAUUUAGGUAAAGGAGUUUCCAACUUUAAUAUGAGAAAAGCUUUUUCUGAGGUGGUAGCUGGUUCAACUUCUGCAAAUUCAGGAUUUCCUCCGCUACAAUCAAAUAGACAAAUUAUGUCAAAUUCAGAAAAGAGUAUUAAGCCAAAAAGUGCAAGAGAAGGAGGUAGAGAGAAGGUUAAUGGGAUUAGUGAUGAACAAGUAUCGGAAAAAGUUGCUCUAAUUCCUGCUAUUCAUGAAGUUAAGAAUCAUAGUACUAUUGUUUCUAAUGAUGUUACUAAAGGUAAUCAAAUUUUUCAGAUAGGCACACAUUUGGAUUCAAUGAAGAUGAAUAGAAUUGAGAAGACCAGACCAGUUACCUCUUUUAAACAUGCAACAGUUUACAUUGGAUUUGAGCAUGAGUGCCCCCGUGGGCACCGUUUUAUAUUAACUGCAGACCAUCUCAAUAGACUUGGUUCUCCUUAUGCAUUGCCCAUAGAAUCUGUCGCCCCUUCAUCUUCGGAAAAUAUAGAUCAUAAGGGGGUAGGUCCCUUCCGAGGGGGUAAGAAUGGUGGCCAUGGCAAAGGUCGCCGGCUGGCAAAUGGGAUGAUUUCUACUUCCUCUAGGAAGCUCAGGAAUCUGGAAAAGUCAAAUGAGGGGUCAGAUGACGGAAUUUCAAACUUAGAAGGGCCAGCUCAGUUUUCCAGGCAUCCAGUACAUGCUGUACCAGGAAAAGAUCUUGAAACUGGUCUUCAAUCUCUAAAUCUGAAUGACUCUGGCUAUACUACCUCCUUGUUAGAUAGAAGUUUGCCCAUAUACAUGAACUGCCCCCAUUGCAUGGAAUUGAAGAGUAAGAAUGACCAAACAGAUGUGAGAUUUGCAGGAACCAUUUCACAGCUCCAGAGGAUCUUUCUGGUUACACCUCACUUCCCUAUCAUUUUAGCAGCAAACCCAGUCAUACAGUUUGAGGAGUCAUGUCUCCCUCCAUCUGUGCCAGACCGUAAAAAGAAGUUGCAAUUUUGUCUUGGAUGUCGAGUAAUUUUACCCCCAGAGAGUUUUCUGUCACUUAGACUACCUUUUAUUUAUGGUGUACAGCUGGAAAAUGGAAACCUCCAUCCUCUCAUGCCUUUUGAACAGCAGCCUGAACUCACUGCCUGGAUAACCAAAGGCACAACAUUGCAGCUUGUAUCCAAGGAUAUCAUUCAUGAGGAGCUUUUCACAUAGUCCAGUGGAUAAGGUCUAAUCUAGUUGGUGCUGACUGAAUUUUAUUAAGCAUCUUGAGCAGCAAUUCUCGGACAGUUCUCUGCCAUCAGAUGCUUGCAGGAUAACCAUCUAAGUUUUAUUUGUUGUAAAGCUGGGAAGGCAAUUGCCCAAAUACAUGGGAAGAGAGGAGAAAGUUCCCUCCACUUAGGUGGGUUUAUUAGGUUAUCGCUUGGCAGACCUGGUGAUAAGCUGGUUCAUCAUUAGCGGGAGGUGCUUUGGAACUUUUUGGUAUGCACUUUUUCAUCCUUUAAAGUUACAAUACCGGGAUCACUGCGCAGUGUCUAUUCAACACUGGCAUCCGAUUAUCUCGGGCUUUUGCUUUGGGUUCAACUGUAGUAAGCAAAGAGGAAGAAUUCACCAUACUGCUCUUUUGAAUUAUUUGAAGAAUGGAUCUCUAAACAAUCAGAGAUCUAUGUAUACAUGAAGUCCUACCACUGUUACAAAUGCUUGUUAGAAAGAAUAAACACAGUGGCGUGAGAUGAAAAUAUUAGGAUUGUGACCUGUUAGUAGAGCUUUAAUUCGCAUGGUGAUUAAAUUCCAUUAUAAGUUAAUUAAACGUUGUUUAUUACAUCGUUAUGGCUUCUGUAUAUGGCUACUUAAUUUGAGGUUGAUUCAGCACAGGCAUUUUAAUUUUUGUGCUGUUUUUGUUAGCCAGUAGAAGAGUUGGAAACUUAUAGCUGGGUAAUAGCUAUAACAUGUAAUCUAAAUCGUACAUGACUUUUAUGAAAAGGGUGUAUUAUAUUAUUUAUUACGAAA